UUCAGAGCCUCGAAUCAGCCGGCACGCGCACUCCUCAUUUGCAUCCGCUCUGAAGAGAAUCCGAUUUUUCCAAUAUAUAUAUAUAUAUAAAAAAAAAAUCAUAAACAACCAAUAACCAGGAUCCACCCAUCUUAACCAUCUGGGAACGUUCAAUGUGUGAAGUGAAGAAUUCCAAUUUUCCUCGAUAGAAAAUGGACCUGGGAUCUCAUAACGUCAGCAGCACCUCACUCUGGAGGAAAGAUGAUGCUUCGACUACGGAAACUCCGUUCUCUCCCGAAGAAGAGGACGCGAUAGUGACGCUGGUGGUCGUCCUCGUGGGCGUCAUCGCGGCUAUAGUUAUCCUGUUCAGCAUGGGGAUUUUCCUCGAUUGCAAGUUCCAGAAAAAGGAAUCCCCGAAAAGACGGAGGCUGAAGCUGAAGAAGCCUCCACUUGGUAGGAGUCGUCGGGACGAAGAUGGGAAAUCUUUGGCUUCGGACAUGUGUCCAACAGGAUCUCUGGACCCGGAGAACCCAGGUGACAUCGCGGUCUGAUAAGGAGAAAAAUCGAUUCUUAAUCGCUUGGGAUCUGGAAUCAACGAAGGACACUUCCUCGAGGAUCACGGGAGCCGGUCCUGCCCAAGGAGAAAGGCUGCAUUCAUGAGCAAGGACGACUACGGAAAAGAAUUCUGUUAAUUACAGUCACGUCACCGUAACUGCGGAAGUCUCCUUCUAAACGAACUUCUGAGCCGGUGGUAUCGAGUACUAGGAUUAAUUAAUUUAUACGUAACGCAUCUCAGUAUACACUGAGAAAAAAGAAUUCAUCGAGCCAAGUAAACGUUUCUUCGGAUAGUGCCGAUAAUUGAUAAUAAAUUGGAUGCAGCGUUUCUUCGGAACAAUGGCAAUUUAGUUAAGCCAAAUGAUUAUUCUUUGAAUUAACGUAACGAUUCAUUGGUUCGAUGAAUGCCUUUUCUCGGAGUAGCGAAGGGCCAAAGAUCUGCUCUCGAAAGACAUCCUAUCCACUGUGAUUGUUUAUCAACUUCUGUAUUUAUUGCUAGAGCCUCUCUAUUUAUUCGAUCCGAGAAGCCAAGAGGAUUUAAUAACGAAAUCCCGUUCCCCAUCGGUGUCACUUUCCGUACAAAGGGUUCCGCCCCAGGAAUCGCUUAGCUCUAAAUCCGAGUGAUUAACUCGUUAUCGUUAAAAUUACUCUGUAAUUAAUUUUUCUUCCGAGCCGCGAGACCGUUACUAAUGGAUCUGAUAAGAGCGACCUGUACUUGUGCAAACAGAUUCGGAUAGAUAAGACCCCGAAAGUGCCUUCAUUGUCACUCGGAUACCGGACGGAUGAGGACGAUUUUAGCUCGGGAUUCGAUAAUUGAACAUGUUGAUAAAGCUAAUACGUAAUGACGAACGGUUUCGACUAAUCAUAGGUGAACGUCCAUUCCGCACCUGCGGGGAAGACUCGUCAUUGUAUCGAUAUCGUAGGUACAAUAAGAAGUACGUGCCCCUCGUCACACAGGGCGGGUGUAAUCUCUGAUACUGUAAUUGUAUAUCCUUGGACACGAGCUGGAAGGAAUGUGCAACAUCGAUGCAAAGUGCAUUACCAUGCACAUGUCUGUACAUUACACACACGCGCAACGAUAAUCGCCGCCCGACGAGUUAUUCUCGUCCGUGGCUUAAUAAAAAUUCACCUCCAAUCUUUAA